CUGCUGCUGAGGUUCGACGUCCCGCUUGCACUUGUGCCUUUUCUAGAGCAACUCUCAGGUGCGUGCCAUCCCGUUCCACCCAGAGAGUGCUCAGUUGCAAGAUGGCGACAACAACUGACACAGUGCUCGGAGGUUUCGCUGUGUGAUCAAAGUGUGUGCAACAACAGAAGAGAGUGACAUUCUGCCCCAGGUCGGGUGAAAAGUGUUGUUCUGGAGUUGCCCAAGUUUGCCCAAGUUCAAAGUGUCAAGUGACAGGUCGUUCGUGGGGUAAAAAAUGACCCGAAGAACCCUGAAGUGAAGUGGUUCCCGAUUUUUUCGCUCACCCUCCCCGAAAUCAAAUGGAUUGUGUCAGUGUGUGUUGUACUUAAGGACUUGGAUGACGAUAUUUUCCUUUCAUUAACCAAUAAGAACAAUACAAGUGCUACUACUGCUACAACUACUACUUCCGCUAGCAAAGCCAAACAAAAGAGCAAAAGCAAAAAAGCCAAACGCUCGCAGCAGACCAUGAGUACAGGUCCCGCCGUCGCACAAGUCGCUGCUGCUGUCAACAACAACAACAACAGUCUCGUCGGCACCAGCACCACCACACCCUCCUCAACCUGCACAAACGUCUCAAGCACCUCGGCACAAUCGGUCACAGCCGGCCAGCAGCUGCCAUCGCCCCCAGGAGGGCCUCGCCAGCGUCGACGGCAGUGUUGCCAAACUCUAGCCAGAACCAAAACAACAACAACAGCACAAUGGCGUCGAGUGUCGCGACAGCAGUGUUGCCAGCAGCCGGCAGCAUCGUAACCGCAAGUAGUACAAAUCCUGCAGCAGCACUUCAGAAGGAACCAUCCACGGAAUCGGUGACGGAUUCGCUCAGCCGGCAGAGCAGCCUCGGCGGCAGGCAACGGACCCUCGGUGGCAAAGGCAAGCAUUUAACCCGAAGUCACGCCAUGCGUGAGUCAACGUCCCCUCCCCGGACGCCCACACCCCGAUCGCCAGCAGCCAGCGAUCAGCAGCACAACAACGCCGAACCCGGGCUGAUCUCGUCAUCGUCGCCGCCCAGCAACAGCAAUAACAACUCGCCAGGAUCGCCCGCAGAAGCUCGACUGUUCAACAGCAGCAACAACAACAACAACAACAAUGAGUACGGCGAAGAUCAUCGCGGUGGCAAAAGCCAGCUGGACGUAGACUUUCCCAAGCUGACCCCGCCCAAGUCGUCGUUUGGUCAGACCAACGGAGGAGGAGGCGUGAAGAAUGGCAGCAAUGGCAGGUCCGUGAAGGGAGAUUGUGAGAAGACUGGUGCAAAGAACGGUAGUUCCGAACUGGUCAUGAGCGAAGCGAAGCAGCCGGAAGCACCGCCCGGGUUGACUGUGUCCGUUGUGCACGGCCAGAACAAUACCAUGACUGGUUCCGGUGCCACUACCGGGACCUCCUCCACCACCACCACCAUCAUGAACACGUCGUCAUCGUCGCCAGUAUCAUCUAAUAAUAACUAUUGUGAUAACGAGAAUCGUAAUCUACGUGAGGUUAAUUUUAGUGCUAAUAAUAAUGAUUCUAACAAUCAGAUUAAUAUACAGUUUUCACAUGAGGAAAAUCGAUAUAUACAAUGUGAAAGUCCUACUGAUAGCCUUAUAAGAAAUAACAGUAGCUCUAAUAGUAAUCUUAACAGCAGCACACAUACCAAUAAGAAGCACCGUGCGAACGGAAGUGGUGGUGGAGGUGGCGGCGGUCCAGGUGAACGCGGCGGAGGAGGAAACCCAACGGCCGGUGGCAAGGGCAACAAACCUCGGCUCAAACAUAUGAGCGGUGGAUCGUCGUCCAGCGUUGACGGUGGCGGAGGAUCGCUCGGAGGCGGUGGCGGCGGCGGUUCCACCAGCUACCUCUCCCGGGACAACUCGUGCGACCAGUUCACCGACCAGAGCGGCGUCAACCUGAUUCAGUUCUUCAAGGAAACGCUCAACAAAAACUUCAAAGACCGCAACAUGCUGAUGAAGAUCGAGAAGGAACUGCUCGCACUGGCCAUGGACCGGAGCCGCAGCCAGAUCAAGUUCCCGCCGAUGUCUUCCUACAACCGGAUGCUGAUCCACCGCGUGGCGGCCUACUUUGGGAUGGAGCACAACGUGGACGCGACCCAGCAGAGCGUCAUCGCCGAGGUGACGUCCGCCACGCGGAUACCGGAGAUUCGCUUCAAGACGCUGAUCAACGAGAGCUUCUCGGAGGAACCGCGCAAGUCCAUCCUGAAGCGGGACACGCACAGCUUCGACGAGUACCGGUACGGGCUGCUGCACUGUCCGGACCAGCGCGGCGUGCUCGACCGGAAGGCGAAAAGCUUCGAGGAGCGCGAGGAGGAGUACGAAAAGUCCAAGCGGCGGAUCUUUAAGCAUCGGGAUGACGGAGGCUCGGAGGAGCAAUGGCAGUGGCUGUCCGCGGACCACGCAGAACCGAUGAACGGUCGGCCCAAGCUGCAGAACAAUCGACUGCUGAAGGUGCAAUCGGUGUCAAUCGAGGGCCGCUCGGACGAGCGACCGUGCGUGUCCAAGUCGCACAGCUUCGGCGGCUACGGAGGUUCCGCCCAGAACGCACCGCUGCUUCGCGGUGACUCAAUCACGUCCACCAAGAGCGCCAGUGCGCGACUCUUCACCAAGCAGGACUCCAACGCCAGCACCAACACUCCGUGGCGGUUGUCCCCGUCGAGCAGCGGCUACAAGACGCAAUCGAUCCGCUCGGACUCGGUGACGCCCUCGCCAACUGGGUACGGCAGCGGUGACCACACGCCCGAGCCGUGCAUCCAGUCGCCAUCGGCCACCUGUGGCGUCGUGUGGGCCGUCACGGACAUGGCCAGCGUACCGAAGGGCAGUGUGUUGAUCGAUCCGCAGACGCUGCAACCGAUCGUCAACCAGGACGGUUCAAUCUACCACUUUGAUCCGUCGAACCUGCCGUCAACGACAAACCUCCCGGGCACAACGAUCUCCCGAGUGCAGAAGAAAAAGUUCGAGAAGCAAAAGUCCUUCAGCAAUCGGAACGCCUCCCUCAAUAGCAGCAGCUCGCUGGAGAGCUCGAUCGAUCUGCCGCUCGGCGGUGGUAAGAAUGACUGCGGUCAACAGACCAACAACCCCUCGACGACCACGACGACGACCAUCGCGGAGGAGAUCGGCAGCGAGUACUGCUACGACACCGGAGGCAGCACGGCGACAACGGUUAAGAUUUGCACCAAAGAUAGUCACGACAGCGUUGACGAAAGUUCUAGUCUCUGCGAGGAACUCUCCCAGACCACCAAUGAAUUGAGCACAUUGAAGCUUCAGAAGCAUCAAGCCACUAGUCCUAUGCUGCAGGCCAGCGAAUUGCAGCCACUGGAGCUGAACGAGAUUCAACUCAACGACGACCACGGCUCUCUGGCCGUAACCCCUGUGAUCAACGACGCCGAAUCGGGCCAGGCCCUGAUGAUGGCGGUGGUGCCCGUAAACGACAGCAAGCUGCUACCAGAAGACGAGGGCGCCAACGAAGGCGAAGGCAGCGACACCUCGUCCCAGGCGACGGACAAAAAAGACGACGCCUUGAGCCACCACCACCACCAGAACCAGCAGCAUCACCACGCCAAGAUGAACAACAGCGUGGUGCACCAGCACCAGCACCAAACCCAAGCAGUUCCUCUAGUCAGCUACUCCAACUCGGCCACGCCCAACAGCGGCUGCUACACGAUCAACUACGAAAACGGCACGCCGGGUUCAACCACCGUGUACGCCACCGCGACCGGCGCUCCCGGAAUGUCCACCACAUAUCAGACGGCGCCGGACGGCACCAUCUACGCUGUACCUUCACCCCUCGUCUAUACAUAUCCGACGGCGAUGGACCCGGAGAUGUCCGGCUACUUUGUGCCCGUGUACGACCAGCAGCGCGACCCGAACAUGGCCGGAGCGACGCUGUAUCCGACGGCGGCGUCGGCCCACGGCGCUACGGCGGGUGGGGCCUCAACAGUAUUACCGAUUGCGUACGCACCGACGGCGGCGGCGGCGGCGGCAGCGGCCGCUUACGGUGGAGCUCCGCUGUACCAGAACCAUCCGGCCGGUACGCUCAUGUACUCGCCAGCGGACCAGUUUUCGGCGGCCGGAGCGUCACAGGCGGCGGCGGCGGCCGCAGCAGCAGCAGCGGCUGCAGCACCGUUGCAGCAGUACCCGAUUGGGUAUCCGAUCGGGAUUGGGUACCCGUUCAACAAUGCAGCUUACCAAAACUACUGGAAUCAGCCAAUCACGUACUACGUUCCUCAGACGCCGGUCCCAUCAGCGGGCAGCACCCCGUUGCUGAUGCCUCCACCGGUGUCCCAAACACCAACCAACGGCGCCGGUAUGAUGGCCACGUCCGCUCCAACGCCAAUCUCCAAUGCUGGCAAACGGAACACGACUCCUCCGGGUCAUCACGGCGGUCACAACAAUAGUCACCAUCACCAUCAUCAACCGCAACAACAGCACCAGCACCAACAUCCGCAAUCGCAAAGCCAGAGCGCCUCGGUAACGCCGGUUCCAAUUUCUCCGUUCACGACCAACAUCCCGAUGCAACUGCCGGAUCGAAUGGCGGGUGGUGGCCCGGUCUACGCCAUCCCACAGCCCAUCUACUCGAAUAUGCUUCCAUUUGCCGCGACAGGCCCGAUGACUCCCCACCACCAUCCUCACCACCAUCCUGGCCAUGGCCAUCCGGCGUCGGCCAACUCGGUACUUCCCACUGCCACCACCACAACCAGCACCGGUUAUCAUCCGCAGGGCGGCAAUUCGGACUCACUUCCGUCGAGCAACGGGUCCGCGAGCAAUAGCUACUCGAAUCAGCCGCAGCAGCAACAGCCGCCGACUUCGGCCACUCCGCAGUCUACGCCAAGCACUCCGUUACCGUUGGCGAUGCCUCCACACGGGGCCGCGGCCAAGAAUCCUCCCCUUUUCGCGACUCCUCCAAUUCUUCCUAAUGGUUACGCGCCCCAAAUGGGCGGCUCAGCCGGAAGUGGUGCUGCUGGACAUCACCACUACGGCGGCCACAACAGCUACGAGGAUCGCAAGGGAAGUGGUGGUUCCUCGUCCGGAGGAGGUGGCUACCAGGGCAAACGGUCCAACAGUGGCAACUACUUUAGCUACGGCAACUCAAACAACAACAGCCGCCAAAUGACCCCAAACGGAGGCUAUCAGGGUGGUCCCAAGAAUCCGAACUACGCCGGUGGCAACAAUAGCAACAACAACAACAACAACAACAAUACAGGGAACAAUCAGAAUACAAACGGUCCGUUGAUGUUGGGCCAACCGCCGAACAAGCCGCGGGCGGCCGACGGUCAAACGGGUGUCUCCAAGCCGCCACUGAUACCAACAUUACCAAACAGUACCCCAAACAGCAGCGGAAAUGGCGCGGGCAACGGCACAAACACCGACAAAUCACGCAUCAACCGGUCCUCGAAGCCACCAAACCUAGACCUGAAGCGGAACUUUAACAAUUACAACGUCAACAGUAGAAACACCCCGAGCACAAACUCAACGGAGAGCAACAAUUCCCCCAACAGUAUUACGUCGUCGUCGGUGCACGAGCAGCACCAGCCGCACCACCACCACGUGUCCCAGCACCAUCCGACCCACGGAGGUCACCACGCGUACUCGUACCCGCAGGGAGGAGGAGGAGGAGGAGGCCCCGGUCAAUCCCAGCCACCGUACUACUCUCAUCACCACGGCCAGCGGGGAGGCAGCGUGGGAAGUAACAACGGUGGUGGUGGUGGUGGUAGUGGCGGAGGCGGUGGAAACGGUUCCGGAAACCAAACGGCCGCGUCCAUUCAGUCGGCGGCGGCGGCGGCUAUUACUGCUGCGGCCUGUGCCGCCACGAUCGAUCCGUACCAUCAUGCGGCGGCGGCGGCUGCUGCGUCGCAGUUGAUUCCGCUGAAUGCUGCGGCGGCCGCCGGGAUGUCGUACGUCAAGAUCGGGCAGACGUACUACACGCAUCCCUCUCUGGCGUUGCCGCCGAGCCGGCGCUCGCCCCCGAACGAUAUUCGUCCAAUCGCUGGGGUUUACCCGACCGUGAACAUGGUGAUGCCCACAUCCCGCCAGUUUACGCCCCGGCCCCAGCACAGUGGCAGUUUCAACAAGGGCAGCAAGGCGCCACGAUAGACGACAGACUCUCUCACGCUCCCCUAGUGCUUGAUAUAUGUGUGUGUUUAAUGUACGGUAGUGGCAAAAAAAAACAACAAAAAAAGAACUUUUAAGAAAUUAAAAAAAAGAAGUUAAAAAAACACGACCUACCAUGAGGAUAAUAAUUAUAAAAAACAACGCAACCAAAAAAAAAAAAAAUCUAGUGGCAAGCACUAUUUAAACUCGCUAAUCGCCUGAGAGAUUAGAGUCACUCAAAUACACACACUUACACAGACACUGUUGUAAUGCAAACUUUCUACAUACAUACUCCCAAAAAAACAAUGUAGUGUGCGAAGGAAUUUCUAGAAAACCUUCCUUAAAAAAACAAACAACAACAAUACAAACAAACAGAGACACAACCACACGGACACACAAACAAACACACUAAAAGAACCAGUGAGAUCGUUUUAAAAAAUCAAGCAACAACAUCAGCCGAAACUUUCCUACUCAUAACAAAAAAAAAAAGAAAGAAAGAUUGAGCAAGUCAUGUUACACUGCGCGAAAGUUGGCACAGGAACGAUCACCCCCGUGGAGAAAAUGCCAUUUAUUUUAUUAUCGAUUAAAAAUCAUUACAAUAUUAUACACAUUAUUACAAUAAUAAUAAUUAUUACAUUGAUUGCAGUGAAGCAAAACAACUCUAGAGAGAGAUAUGAUAACAAACAAAACAAAAAAUCACACAAACAGUUGAUAACUGAUACGAGAAAAAAAAGAAGGGAAAGCUAAAAAGAGCAAACAACACAUAAGCAAAGAAAAACAACCAUAGAGUGAAAUAAGGGCAAAUGCAAAACAAAAAAAAACAAUGUAGGAAACGCUCUUACCAGUGAUUCAAUCAACGCUAUGCGAAUUAUUUAUAAAAUAAUAAUUUUAAAACACGCAGGACGGUGAGAAGAGCGCGCGCGAAAUGAAGAAGAAUUCCUGAAACAGUGAUCAACAAACAAGAAAGAUGCUUACGGAGGGAUGUUAAAUCCAAGUGAAAACUGCCGCCCACUUCGAAAAUGAGCUGUUCACGGUAGAGGUCCCAUGCGGAGCCAAGCCAUGCCAUUUAGCGAGUAACAAUUACCCCAAAAUGUUAGGCGAAGCGCAGGAAACGAAAAAAAAACAAAGCAAAAGAAAAAAAACAUCCUAGUUUACCACUACUACUAUAAAUUAUAUUAACUCAAAAUCUAAAUGCGGAAGGAAGGAGCAGGAAGCGGGAAGGGUGGUGAAAGGGAAGUGAGACAAAACAAACGAAAAAAAGGAGAAAACCAAACCAUAGCUCGUAUUACCAAAAUAGAGAAAACUUAUAUCGUAACAGAAACAAAAAAAGAAGCAUCAUUAUUAGUAGCGGAACAAAUCCUGAUCAAGCCGUGUUUACAAAUUUAUAUGAAAAUUUAUUUAUAUAAUAAAGUGCAGAAGAAAAGAACAAAAGCGCAGACUUAACCAGUGAAAACAAGUAGGACAAACUAACAAUUAUUUAUUCGUAACAAACCAAACAAGAAAGCAAAACAUGAACUAUGUGCGAAGCGAAAAAUAAACACUCAACCAAACUUAAUAAAACAUUGUUAAAAACACUAACUCGUAAAGCGAUAUUUUCAAGAAUUUUAGUCAAAGCAAACCAAACUAAACCAAACAUCAGCAUCUCUUCCUUUCUAUCGGUGAUAUAACGAAAAAAAAAGAGAAAAACUGGAAACAGCAGCAAAUACAAAACUCUAACUCUUACUUACACUUACACACAGCAAACAAAA